UGAGCCGGGACCGCGGGGAGAGGAGGGCGCGGCGAGCCCCGCCGGCGCUCCGGGACCUGCUGCGUUGACGCGGGCGGGGAGGCAUGGCUCGGCGUCGGGGGCGCUCCCCGAUGGGAUUCCUCGCGUGUCAGGAGCCGCUGCUUUUACUGCUCUGCGCAAACUUCUUCCCCGCAUUUGGCCAUGUAGAAACACGAGCGCACGCCGAGGAACGUCUCCUGAAGAAGCUUUUCUCUGGAUACAACAAAUGGUCCAGGCCAGUUGCUAAUAUUUCUGAUGUCGUCAUUGUGCGUUUUGGAUUGUCCAUUGCACAGCUUAUAGAUGUUGAUGAAAAGAACCAAAUGAUGACCACAAACGUUUGGGUGAAACAAGAAUGGCAUGAUUAUAAAUUACGUUGGGAUCCUGAAGAAUAUGAGAAUGUUACUUCGAUACGAAUUCCCUCUGAGCUUAUUUGGAGACCAGACAUAGUCCUCUACAACAAUGCUGAUGGGGACUUUGCAGUCACCCACCUCACGAAAGCCCACCUCUUCUAUGAUGGUCGGAUUAAAUGGAUGCCUCCUGCCAUCUACAAAAGCUCCUGCAGCAUUGAUGUCACCUUCUUCCCUUUUGACCAACAAAACUGCACCAUGAAGUUUGGUUCGUGGACUUAUGACAAGGCCAAGAUAGACUUAGAGAGCAUGCACCGCCACGUGGACCAGCUGGACUAUUGGGAGAGUGGAGAAUGGGUGAUCAUCAAUGCUGUUGGCAACUACAACAUCAAGAAGUAUGAGUGCUGUUCAGAGAUCUAUCCAGACAUCACUUACUCCUUCAUCAUCAGGCGUCUGCCUCUGUUCUACACCAUCAAUUUGAUUAUUCCUUGUCUUCUAAUCUCAUGUCUGACUGUCUUGGUCUUCUAUUUGCCUUCUGAGUGUGGGGAGAAGAUCACCCUGUGCAUCUCUGUCCUGCUGUCCUUGACUGUCUUCCUCCUCCUCAUUACAGAGAUCAUCCCCUCAACGUCUUUGGUCAUUCCCUUGAUAGGAGAGUACCUUCUCUUCACCAUGAUCUUUGUCACUUUAUCCAUCAUCAUCACUGUGUUUGUGCUGAAUGUCCACCAUCGUUCCCCUCGUACACACACCAUGCCAGCCUGGGUGAGACGUGUUUUUCUUGACAUCGUCCCACGUCUUCUUUUCAUGAAACGCCCUUCGACUGUCAAGGACAACUGCAAGAAGCUCAUUGAAUCCAUGCACAAAAUAGCCAACUCACAACGGUUCUGGUCAGAGACAGAAGUGGAACCCAACUUUAUUACCUCAUCAUCCAACAGCCCUCAGAGCAAUGAAGAGUCCCCAACGUCAUCCUUUGGAACCCAUCUUGAUGACCCCAAAAACCCACAGCCAGUAUGCAAGUCACCAUCUGGCCAGUAUUCAAUGUUGCAUCCAGAACCGAUUCGGGCUAGUUGUGCAUCACUCCAACCUCCCAGUCACCCCCUUGGAGACAUUCAGUCUAGCUCAAUUUGUAAAGGCAGAUCGUUAAGUGUCCAGCAGAUGUACAGCAGUCCAGGAAAAACAGAAGAAGGAACCAUCCGUUGCCGAUCCAGGAGCAUCCAGUAUUGCUACUUGCAAGAAGAGGCCUCCCAGACCAAUGGUCAAUCUAGUGAGUCACCAGCAUCCCCACAGGGCCAUCUCAAUGUGGACCAGCCUAAAGUCAAGCCCACCCAUUGUAAAUGUAAAUGUAAAAAAAAGGACUCAGCCAGCACAUCCAGACAAGGGAGCAAGACUCUUAAAGAGCAACAGUUUUUGCUGAUGUCACCUGCCUUGAAGUUAGCUGUGGAAGGUGUCCAUUAUAUUGCAGACCAUCUGAGAGCAGAAGAUGCAGAUUUCUCAGUGAAAGAAGACUGGAAAUACGUUGCAAUGGUCAUUGAUAGAAUAUUCCUCUGGAUGUUUAUCUUAGUCUGCUUGCUGGGAACCGUGGGACUUUUCCUUCCCCCUUGGCUGGCAGGGAUGAUCUAGGAACAGUCCAGCUUGGAAGGGGGAUCGAUUGCAUUCAGCAGAUCUAAGUCCACCCUGGAAAGGCAAAGCUUUAGUCUGGGGAUGGCUGCUCUUCAUAAUUUACCAUCACAUCUGCGCAUGACUUGUUCCUAGGAGCUCUGAGGAUACCUUCCAAGGUUUCAUCAUUU